UUUCAGGAGGUCGAUCCGAGAUGACGAAUAAAGAUGGACUGAAUGGAGCUGAAAGUGAAAAGAAACUAUCAAAAAAAGAAUUAAACAAAUUGGCAAAGCAACAAAAGAAACUGGAAAAGAAGGCUGAGCAUGCAACUGCAUGUGUAGAAGAGAAUGUGAAAGAAGUGGAGGAAGACGUCUCGGAAGGUCGCUAUGGUACCUAUGGAAUUAUACAGUCUGCUGAGCGACGGGAAUUGGAUUUCACUGAUGUUAAAGACGUCUUGGCGAGUUUAGAAGGACAGGAGAUUUGGAUUCGGGGCCGUUUGCACACGUCGAGAAUAAAAGGGAAAACGUGCUUCAUUAUUAUCCGUCAGCGAAUGUGUUCCAUACAGGGAAUGUUGUUCGUUGGGGAAGAGAUUAGCAAACAAAUGCUGAAGUUUGUUGGAAACAUUUCGAAGGAAUCAAUUAUUGAUAUUCGAGGUGUCGUGAAAAAAGUGGAACAAAAAAUCACUAGCUGUACACAGAAAGAGGUCGAAUUGCACGUCACACAGUUGUUCGUUGUUAGCGCAGCAGAACCACGCUUACCACUGCAGAUAGAGGAUGCUGCUCGACUUAAAGAGGAAGACAAAAAUACCGAAGAAUCAUCUUUAUCUGUUGUGAAUCUCGAUACACGUUUGGAUAACAGAGUACUGGAUCUCCGUACGCAGACAAGUCAUGCUAUUUUCUCUAUACAAGAUGGUGUCUGUGAGUUGUUCCGAAACACUUUAAAGAAGCGCGGUUUCAUGGAAAUACAUACGCCGAAAAUCAUAUCUGCGGCGAGCGAAGGAGGCGCAAAUGUUUUUGAGGUCUCCUAUUUUAAAGGCUCUGCUUAUCUUGCUCAGUCACCGCAGUUAUAUAAACAAAUGGCAAUCGCUGCAGAUUUCGACAGAGUUUUCACUAUUGGCGCUGUUUUCCGUGCAGAAGACAGUAAUACUCAUCGACAUUUAACAGAAUUUGUUGGCCUUGAUAUUGAGAUGGCGUUUAAAUUCCACUACCAUGAGGUUCUUGAAAUGAUUGCUGCUGUUAUGAUCGAUAUAUUCAAAGAUUUGAAAGCGAAAUUCAAGUAUGAAAUCGAAACAGUUGGCAAACAGUAUCCCUGCGAACCAUUUGAAUUCGUUGAGCCUGCCGUUAUACUCAAAUAUUCGGAUGCUGUUAAGCUGUUGCGAGAGAAUGGUGUGGAAAUAGGAGAUGAAGACGAUUUAAGUACUCCGGUAGAAAGAUUUUUAGGUAGGUUGGUGAAAGAAAAAUACCAUACCGAUUUUUACGUACUCGACAGAUACCCAUUAGCAGUUCGUCCAUUUUAUACAAUGCCAGAUGCAAAGGAUUCAAAGUACUCCAACAGUUACGAUAUGUUUAUGAGAGGUGAAGAAAUAUUAUCUGGCGCUCAACGAAUCCAUGAUGCAUCUUUAUUAACUGAAAGAGCUAAACAUCACCAAAUUGACUUGGAAAAGAUACGAGCUUAUAUCGAUUCAUUCAAGUAUGGCUGUCCGCCACAUGCUGGAGGUGGUAUCGGAUUGGAACGUGUAACGAUGUUGUUUCUCGGACUUGGGAAUGUACGUUUGGCAUCCCUUUUUCCGCGCGAUCCGAAAAGAAUAACACCGUAAAGAAGUAAAUUGUUCUUUUUGUAUGUUACGCUCAUGCGCAUUAUUUGCGUUUUAUUUAUUACGCUUAUUUUUCCCAAAAUUUCCGUGGUUUUUGUCAGUAGCUUGUGAUUUUAUUGAUUCUGACCCACACUGAAUAAUUUCUAUUGAUAAUGAUAUUUCGUCUUUUUCUGAUUCAUUGCCGUUUUAAGUUUUUGUAUAAAUCGCGUUUUUGUACUGCUCAGGGAUAUGCUGUUAUGUGCAAAAUUAUUACGAUUUAAAACAUUCUGCUCAAGUGUGAGGAAAAGGAUAAGAUUAAUAUUCCCUUCAUGUUG